CGACCGGGCAAAACGCAGCAUCAACGGAUUGUCAUUACAUAUAUUAUGGUUGCAUCCGCUGUCAAUUCUUUGAGUCGAGACUAGUGUUACUACUAGCGCCAGCAAUUGCUUUUGCCGUGCGUACCUCUUGCAUGCACUGCAGGCCUGGUGUGGAUUCUGCUGCAGAGUGGCGCGCUGACGUCAACAAAUGGCUCGAGCGGUUUGGUUUUAACCGGAGCGGAAAAAAAAAACGGGGGGACGCCAGAGAGGGCCCUUGCUCGCCAGAUCAAAAGACCACAGACAAAAAGACAACAACCCAGUGAACUGGCAUCGCAGAGAGGUGCAUCCACAAUGUCUGCACAAUGCCUGAGCCCGCUCUAGACCCUUCCUGGAGGACCCCGGCUGCCAACCGGCCAUCCGCAACCCGCCAGCAGCUCCCCGUAGCCCCCCGCUGCCCUCAGUUCACCAUGAAAGGGCCCGCCUGGCGCGCCCACAUGGUACCCUCGUACCGGCGCUGUCGCCGGGCCGCGUGAGAGGUACUGCCCUGCCCCCCCCCCCCCUCCCCCUCCCGACCACGCAAGGCAUGGCCUCGCUGGACCUGCCCUACCGCUGUCCUCGCUGCGGGGAGCACAAGCGCUUCCGGAGCCUGUCUUCGCUGCGCGCCCACCUGGAGUACAACCACACGUACGAGACGCUGUACGUCCUCUCCAAGUCCAACAGCGUGUGCGACGCGGCCGCCCUGCUGCCGCUGGUGGCCGAGGGCGCCCUCCUCACGCCCGCCAACAACAACGACCCCUUUGACCUGCGGGCCUCGGGCUUCAAGGAGCGGCCGUUCAGGGAGCUCCACGGGCCGGACGAGCUGGGCCUGGUGCCCGGCCACUCCAACGCCGCCGCCCGCUACGUACCCAACCUGGAGUUCCCCCUCGGGGACAUCUUCGUCAAGAAGGCCAUGACGUCCUCGGACCAGGGUUCCCAUGGAAACCCCGGCACGGCGGUGGCGGUGGCUGCCAACGUUGCGGCCAGCGCGGUGGAGGCGGCCUACGAGGAGGGCCUGGCCAGGCUGAAGGCGCGGGCGUUUGAGCGGCUGGACCUGGACGAGAGGCUGGAGAAGCUGUCUGAGGAGGUGGAGCAGAAGAUAGCGGCUCGCGUGGGCCGGCUCCAGGCGGAGCUGGAGAGGAAGAGCUCCGAGCUGGAGCGGGCCAAGCACGAGAGCCAGCAGCUGAGCCAGGAGAAGACGGACCUGGAGGACAAGGCCUCGGAGCUGUCCCGCCAGGUGGACGUCUCUGUGGAGAUGCUGGCCAACCUGAAGCAGGACCUGGUCAGCAAGGAGGAGGAGCUGAACCACAAACAGCAGGAGGUGGCCCAGAUCGACCAGUUCCUGCAGGAGACGGCCGCACGCGAGGCCAACGCCAAGGUGCGCCUGCAGCAGUUCAUCGAGGAGCUGCUGGACCGCGCCGACCGCGCCGAGAAGCAGCUGCAGAUCAUCAGCAGCUGCGGCAGCACGCCCAACGGCAGCCUGGGCCGCUGCAGCUUCCAGGGGUCAAAGGGCAACGGACGGCAGAGGAACUCCAGCAUGUCCGGGAGCACCAGAGGCAUGUACCAGGUAUCAGACAGACGCUCGUCACCUAGCACCGGGGUGUCGGGCCGGGUGAAGUCUGUGUCCCAGGGCUCGGGGGGCUACGACAGUGACAGCGUGGAGAUGCACCCCAUGGAUGAGUGUCCCGAGUCCCAGUACUACCACGUCCAGUGUCGCAUGGGGGAGGGCGGCUAUGAGCGCUCCCCUGGCUCGAGGAGCUGGGGUCUCCGUAAGCAGGCCAUCCAGAACUGGCAGCGGCGGCCGUACCGCAACAGCACAGAGGGCGAGGAAGGGGACGUGUCGGACGUGGGCUCCAGGACCACCGAGUCGGAGGAGACGUGGGAGCAGGACCGCGGCCGGGCCGUGGCCGAGGUGCAGCAGUCAGCCGCCCCCCACCCGCACCACCGACGGUACCGCCACAGCUCAGGGCGGUCGGAAGGCGGCUACAACCGGCCCUGCCGCCACGAGAGGAGCCCCGGCAAGUCCAACGAGGUGAUCAGCCCGGAGAUCCUGAAGAUGCGGGCGGCCCUCUUCUGCAUCUUCACCUACCUGGACACCAAGACCCUGCUGCAGGCCGCCGAGGUGUGCCGCGACUGGAGGUUCGUGGCACGCCACCCGGCGGUGUGGACCCGCGUGCUGCUGGAGAACACCCGCAUCUCUUCAAAGUUCCUAGGCACCCUGUCUCAGUGGUGCACACAGACCCACUCUCUGAUCCUGCAAAACCUCAAGCCCAGACCCAGGGGCAAGAAGGAGACAAAGGAGGAGUACCUGAAAAGCACACGAGGCAGUCUGGAGGACGGCCUGGAGGCCCUGCUCAAGGCCACAGGCAGCAACCUGCUGAUCCUGAAGGUGUCUCACUGUCCCAACCUGCUGACCGACCGCUCCCUCUGGCUGGCCAGCUGCUACUGCAGAGCCCUGCAGGCUGUCACCUACAGGAGUGCCACCGACCCGGUGGGUCAGGAGGUGAUCUGGGCUUUGGGAGCCGGCUGCAGAGACAUCAUCUCCCUGCAGGUGGCGCCACUACACCCAUGCCAACAGCCGGCUCGCUUCAGCAACCGAUGUCUUCAGACCAUAGGACGGUGCUGGCCUCACCUCCGGGCUCUGGGCGUUGGCGGGGCCGGGUGUGGCAUCCAGGGCCUGGCCUCUCUGGCCAGGAACUGCAUGCGUCUGCAGGUGCUGGAGCUGGACCACGUCAGUGAGAUCAACCAGGAGGUGGCUGCCGAGGUCUGCAGGGAGGGCCUCAAGGGCCUGGAGAUGCUGGUCCUCACCUCCACGCCGGUCACGCCAAAGGCCCUACUGCACUUCAACAGCGUGUGUCGUAACCUCAAGUCCAUCGUGGUCCAGAUCGGCAUCGAAGACUACUUUGAAGAUCCCAACAGCCCUGAGGCCAGGAAGCUGUUUGACGAGAUGGUGAACAAGCUGCAGGCCCUGAAGAAGAGACCGGGCUUCUCCAAGAUUCUCCACGUUAAGGCAGACAGCCUAUGCUAACACCCCCAGCUUCCCCUACAGGAAGGCAGUCAGCCUACGCCAACACCACUAGCGCCGCUGCAGGAGGGCAGACGGCCUACGCUCAUACCCUUUAGCUCAGCUACGGGUCUCCACAAGGGACAAGCUUUGCUCCUUCUCCUCCUCGACCCCCAGAUACACUCGUUGAGCCCGAGCCAAUGAAGCUCAAUCAUCUCUCUAAAGAAAAGAUCAUCCAGAAACAACAGUGACCACAGACAAAAUAAAAACGGAGAAACCAAACCAACAAAAAAAAGCUAUCGCGCUAGCAACAGAAGACAGCACAGCCAGGGCCAACCGCGAGUCACGAACAUUUUGGACAACAAACUGGAAUCUGCUCUUCCCUCUUGGAAAAUUCCGGCCUUUGUAGAAGUAUUAGUCGCCAGGCUUAAGAAACACGGGUGUUUCCACACCGCACCCAACCAAGACUUUCAGAAGAAACCAAGUUCAAUGCUAGCAUGACUCUUACCGAGUCAUCAUCUGGUUUCACAGACGCAUAACAACAGAGCAAGACUCAACAUCUGGCAACGAGGCUUUGUGAUUUCCCAAGAGAAACUAUUGAGUCAAUGUCAUCAUAACGCAACAAGGCGUUAUCCUCGCGUUUUUUCUCAGUAUGAUUGCCGAUUUUGUUUGGAUUGAUUGAUAGUCGGUGUACCUCAAGUUCACCAAAUUAAUAGCCAGAUGAUCAAAAUUACCCGGCCUGUGCCACACCUGGUUCAUUACAACAAGUAUAGACAACUUUCGAUAGGAUGAACAGCUUCUGAAGCCGCUUCUGAAGCUACUUCUGAAGCACGGCGUGAGGAGCCAGGUUGAGCUUCCAGCACACUGACCGUCUUUAUCCACAGCCCCCGUCGUCGCUGCAUGGAAUGGUUGCUAUGGUAGCAAUACAUUUUUUUUUCUUCUUCAGCUGCCAAUGUGUUCUGCUUUGCAUAUGUGUGGAGGUUUAUUCUUUAUUAGAUCAGAAACCAUCACCAUACAGCGCCCCUUCACACACUGACUACCGCGUAGCAAGGAAAACAUGAGCGUACGCCUGUGACGUUAAAGAUGAGAAAGAUCCAAAGAAUAAAUAGGUUGACACAAAAGGCGUUGGUUAAACCAUUGAUGGACCUGCUAUGUUAUUCUGAAAAGGUUUGGGUGUAGAUGUAUAGUUCCUUCCCCCCUCCCCCCGCACCCCCACUGUGCGUUCAUUCAUCUGUCCUAGCUUUUCUGUUUUGAUGGUUUUUUGUCCUCUGAUAUGAUCAAAUAUGCAGUAUGUGAUAUCCUUGGAACAGGGCUGCAAAUCACAUCAACGGCGCCCCUCACUGCGGUGGCAAUACGCUCAUUUGCUGUGUUUUCUCCAGUGUGCUAUUCAAGUGAAAUGAACGGCAAUGUAAUGAAAGGCAUAGAGCAGAAACUAGUGGAAAACCAACAACAACAGUGUACUCGUUAUAGAACCCAUUUUAUAAUGAGCAUCAAGAGGUCGCCCCUUCUUGUAUUAUACUGUAUCACUAUAUACGCCAUGCUGUUGUUCUACACUCUUAAGGUGCCAUCCUCACAGUGCUUUUUUUUGUAUGUGUGAGAGAAAAUGGUCUGUGAACAUCCUCCAGCGCCAUCUAAUGGAGGUGUGUGUUAAUGACCUACAUUGGCUAGUGGCACUGGAAGCUGGCCCUCAAGACAGUCCACUUGCAUGGAUAUAAAUGUCAAAUCCAAGCCAUGUGAACUCAUGUAUCUCUAUCGUGACUGCCUAAACCCCAUCAGCAUAGCCUAGCGUAACGUUCUAGCAUUUCAAUGAAAGAUUGUAGAUACUAAUUCCAUGACUGGUGACUUGACUAACGGGAUCAAUUCUAAAUCACUUGUUCUUCAAAUAUUAAGUACAAUAUCUUUAUGUACAACGCCUUGUGACGAUUUGUUUACCAGCUCUGGCCUGAAAGCUCAUCUUCGGCCAGCUGAAGGCUAAACUCUGGCCAUUCCCCCAAACAUGUCUGGUUAAAGUGUGUAGGAGAAGGUUCUAGAUGCCAACAGAAUAUAGUGUUGAGUGCGCUCCAACGCAUUACUUGUUACCGUACCAAGUUAAAGUGUGAGGGUGGAUUGGGUCGUUUUGGCUUUCGCCUUUUUAAAGUUUGUAAGGUUGUGGUGUGUGAGUCGUCGAUACAUUUCCAGUACGUUUGAGGUAGAAGAAAAAAGGCACAAUUGUUUUUCGGAAAGGCUUUGACACACUCGGGAAAACACAUUGCACUCGUUUCUUUUCUGGUUUCAGACAAUCUUGCCUUCGCUACGACAUAAAACUGUACAUAAGUGGUUAGAUAUGGAAAACUUAAACCUAUGAGGUUUGUAUUAUAUCAAAGUCAUAAAAAUGACCUUUUCCUAGGGAUACAGUUUACAGAUGCAGUCUGUAAGCAGCCUCUUCAAAGUGCAAAGAACAACAAACAAAAUAUAUUAUGUAUUACGGUAGUGUUGACAUUGCAGUUGUGAAUUAUAGAUACUUUAUAUUAAAUGUGCAUCAGAGUCAUAUAGAGAUCGAAAUUAUUUAAGGAAAUGAUAAAGAUAAUAAUUCAGCUAUUUAUUUAUUUAUAUAUAUAGGUAUAUAUAUAUAUAUAUAUGUAUACACAAAAAAAGAAGCAAUGUCUAUAAUGUUGGCAUGUUUGUGUUUAAGCAUCAAUCAUUGAGUUGCCUUCUUUAAGUGUUCUGCUGUCGAUGCCAGAGAAAUGAUUAGAUGUUUAAAAGCUUUGAUUGCUUGCAGGUUAACCCCAUACGUCUUUCUUUAAUCAAGUCUAUUGUUGCACUAGUGAGAGAAAAAAAAAGAAUAUCAGAUGUUUAUUAUUAGAGUGUUGUUUUAAUGUUCAGAUAUAUCUCGGUAUUUUGACAUAAUGUGAUGCACUUUUUUUUUUUCUAGAGCCUUCUAUUGUCCAUCGCUUGUUAUCGCCAGUAUACCUCGGUGAUUUCUGUUUACAACGCGCCUUGUUAUCUCGUCUAUUAUGUGGACGGGCCAGCGUGUGACGUCAUGAUCGGACUGAAUUGAGAGUGAACGCCACGAGUGGAUGAUAUGCACCAUGUACAGAUAAGCGUUGGUUUAUAAUGACGAAUAUGUGCGUGUAUUCUUGAUGCAAAUCUGCUCCAUUCCUCCGUCUCGGUCUUAUCGCCCAUCGCUCGGGACGAUCCGAUUCGAACCUCCGCCAACCGUUGCAUUCAAGUGCUUUCAUUAUUUGGGGGUUUAUUGCCAGAAUGACCUUAUGCUGAUCUCUUCUCGUGACAUACUUUUUUAUUUUUGUGCAAGAUUCACCAAAUCAUUGUGUUCCCUUUUUUAUAUGUAUAUUUUUUAAAUUGAUCAUUUACUUUGCUAGUUGAUUCAGAGCUUUGUUUAACAAACGCGUUCUUGUUUUGUAAUUGCAGUAUCUUCCAUCGUUAUCAUGUUAUGGUCUUUCAUUACAUACCUCUCUUAAUAUACUUCCUGUAUGAACGAUUGUACUCUGCCCGUUUUCUGACAUACUGUAUUUCACACAUUACCUCAACACUUGUCUGGGCACACAAGUGUGCACUUUUCUUUCUCAUUCAUUCAUCUAAAAUGCAUUCUAUUCGAUUGACUUUGUUCACUCUUAUGAAACACAAUGCUUUACUGUUCCCGUAGAGAAGCGGCGUUUUGAGAAACUGCAAUAGGAAAAAAAGAUUUGACUAUUCCUCUUCAUCCAUUCCUUGUCAUCAAUAAAAGUGCUAAA